AUGGCAAAGGAAGAACCAGAACAGAUCGUCUCUGAGGAGGAGAAGGCCGACGCUUCCUCCAAGAAGCGGAAGUCCACCCUCGACGAAAUCCAAGUCGACCUCUCGCUCCCCGAGCCUCCCUCGAAAAAAGCACGCCGUGCGCUCAAGAAGGGCAAGACAUUGCCCGUAAAACCGACGAGUGACGAUGAAGAAGAUGGCGAGGAAGGCAAAGCGGACGGGGCCAAGGACAGCAAGAAGAAAAAGGAGCGCUCCCCUUAUGGCGUCUGGAUUGGCAACCUGCGUUUCACCGUCACCAAGCCUGAGCUUCGCAAGUGGCUCGUCGACAACUCGGGCGGCAGCAUCACCGAAGAAUCCAUCACCCGCGUUCACAUGCCCACCACCAAGCCCACCGCUGGACCGGGCCCCAAGAAGGCCCCCGAGAACCGCGGUUUCGCCUACGUCGAUUUUGCCACCUUCGACGCCAACGUCGCGGCCAUCGCUCUCUCCGAAACCGAAUGGUACCGCCGCAAGCUUUUGAUAAAGGAUAGUAAGAGCUUUGAGGGGCGGCCGAAGAAGGAGGAACCCGCAGCCGUCGCAGCAGACGGGACUACGACCAAGGGGGCUGGGUCAUCAGACGCCAAAGCCGGUGGCCCUGGCGCCAGCACCAAGAUUUUCGUGGGCAACAUGUCGUUCAACACUACCGAAGAUGAUCUGUACGCACACUUUGAAAAGUGCGGCAAGAUCCGUUGGAUCAAGGUAGCUACAUUUGAAGACUCUGGCAAAUGCAAGGGAUACGGAUGGGUCAACUUCGAGGACGCGGAAGCUGCAGCGUGGGCGGUUAAGGGGUUCGUCAAGGUGCGAGAGACAGUCGAAACGCUAGAGGAUUUUAUGGACGUAGAUCACGAAGAGGAUACCAAGCCAGCCGACGAUGAGGAAGCCGAGGCUGAGACCAAACCAUCCGACGACGCCGACGAGAAAUCCGGCAGCGACUCAGACGACUCAGACAGCGACGCAAACGACGAGUCCCCCCCCAAAAAGAAGGCGCCCCAAAAACCCACCCCCGCCAAAGAACCCGCGCGCAUCCGCACCCGCAAGUGGUGGGUCAACCAGCUCCUCGGGCGCAACCUCAAGAUCGAGCUCGCCGAGGACGACCAGACGCGCUACCACAAGCGCUUCGGCAAGGGCGCGACCGCAGCCAGGCGCCAGCAACAGGAUCAACAACAAUCCGACACCACCCCCAAUAACAACAAACCCAAACAAGGCGGGCCCGGGCGACGGGAUAGGGACAGCAACGGGGAGCAGGGCGGCGGCGGCAAGGACCAGCAACAGCAAAAGGCCAUCAAGUACCAGGCCGAUGUCAGCGUUGCUCGCCUGACGGGCGCGCCGGUGGCACACCAGGGAAAGAAGGUUACUUUUGACUGA